AUGCUGCGUCUUUUUGUGGGGUUUGGGUGCCAUGUGCCACGUCGCAAAUUUGCCGCGAUGGGUUGGGUUUCCCUCGCAGGUUUUCCCCGUUGCUGCAGUGGGUUGCCUGCAUCGACGCAGGCAAACUCAGGCAAGGGAGACGACAUAAACUCCAACAUCAAUAAGGAGGGUGUGAAGGACGGGCAGGGACGCGAUUUAUCGGAACUCUACGCUUCGCAUCCUUCACAGUACGAGUCGGCUUCAGCCGCCAUGCGACCAAAUGCGCUCCGUUACCCUGCCGACACAACGAGCGCGGAAUUUCAAGAAAAUCUGAAACGCAUGGAGGGACUGACAGCGGAGCUGCGCCGUCGAGUACAGGUGGUUGUUAAAGGGGACUCCGCACAAGAUCGCCGAGCGCGCGAGCGACACGUCAGCCGCGGAAAGCUGCUGCCUAGAGAGCGCAUCGAAAAGCUCAUUGAUCCAAUGACGCCCUUUCUGGAACUCUCCCAGCUUGCUGGACAGGAUUUGUACCCUGGUGAGGCCUGCCACUCAGGUGGCAUUCUUGCUGGCAUUGGUGUUGUGCAUGGCGUUCGUGUGAUGAUUGUGGCCAACGAUGCCACUGUGAAGGGUGGGACCUAUUAUCCGAUUACUGUGAAAAAACAUUUACGGGCACAAAAGAUUGCCUGGGAAAAUCAUCUACCGUGCAUUUACCUGGUGGAUAGCGGUGGUGCCAAUCUGGGUCGACAAGAUGAAGUGUUUCCGGACGAGCAACAUUUUGGUCGUAUUUUCUUUAAUCAGGCCAAUAUGUCAUCUGAAGGCAUUCCACAGAUUGCCGUGGUUAUGGGAAGCUGCACUGCGGGUGGUGCCUACGUACCGGCAAUGUCGGACGAGAGUGUCAUUGUGAAGGGCAAUGGAACUAUAUUUCUUGGCGGUCCACCGCUUGUUUUUGCUGCCACAGGAGAGAAUGUGACUCCGGAGGAACUAGGCGGGGCUGCCGUGCACUGCCGAACAAGUGGCGUGACGGAUUAUCUUGCAACGGAUGACCUUCAUGCAUUGUACCUAACGCGACGUAUUGUAAGAAAUCUAAACCGCGAAAACGUUAUCAAAGAUGUGGAACGUAGGUCCUUUAGGGCUCCUUUGUACGACCCAAAAGAGAUUGGAGGCUUUAUACCUGACAUGUCUGCAAGCGUUGUGAAGAGUUUCGACAUACGUGCUGUGAUUGCGCGUCUCGUUGACGGAAGCGAGUUUGACGAAUUCAAGGCUCAGUACGGCGAGACCUUGGUGUGCGGGUUUGCCCGGUUUGAGGGAAUGCAGGUGGGCAUUAUUGCCAACAAUGGUAUUCUGUAUUCUGAAUCGGCCCUUAAAGGGGCCCACUUCGUUGAGUUGUGCUCGCAACGCAAUGUUCCCUUGUUGUUCCUGCAGAACAUCACGGGAUUCAUGGUCGGGAAGGCAUAUGAAAGGGGUGGCAUUGCAAAGGAUGGUGCGAAGCUCGUGACGGCGGUAUCAACAACGAAGGUUCCCAAGAUUACUAUUAUCAUCGGAGGGAGUUAUGGUGCAGGAAAUUAUGGAAUGUGUGGUCGUGCCUUUGGCCCCCGGUUUUUGUUCAUGUGGCCCAAUGCAAGGAUCAGCGUUAUGGGCGGGAAUCAGGCCGCGACCGUACUUGCGCUUACAAACUCCAAAUUGAAGCCCGAUGCGGUAGAAGAUUUUAAGGCGGAGGUGAAGGCAAAAUACGAGAAGGAGGGGUCCUGCUACUACAGCACAGCACGUUUGUGGGAUGAUGGCGUGAUAGCUCCAGAGGACACCCGUGUGGUGGUGGUGCAGGCGCUGCGCGCAGUUCACAUGGCGCCGCAGCAGGAAACGCGGUUUGGCUUAUUUCGUAUGUAA